GCAUAUUUUAUACGCAUAUUUUGAGUGUUUUUGGUGAAUUUUAAAUGCCUAGUUCCUGCUUAUUAUUAUCUUUUGGACUUAAUUGUGAAACUAAUAAAUAUUCUUCAUGGUUUUGAUAGGUUUUGGAUAAGAGGAUCGAAUUUUGAAGAGUUUGAAUCUGUGCGCGUUUGCUGUGCGGUGUGCCCAUACUGUCUGUGAUGUCCGAAAUUAAGGCUGAAUUGGCGAGAGUUGGGCGACUGAUAUCUCUUUUACUUUCUUUUAGUGGGCUUUGACUUUUAAAAGGGCUGCAUUUUGCCUUAUAUCUUUAGUUAGGCCCAUGGGCCAUUUUUUAUAUUACUUUAUUAGAUUAGGUUUGUUAUUUCCAUAGAUAUAUAUAUAUUUGUGAUGAUACACGCUUGGAGAGACAUCACAUAUAGACGCCACCCAUUCUGGAGAGCAGCUGGGACGUGAUUUUGGAGCAAUUUAAUUCAAGUUUUCUUUUCUUCAUCUGUUCUUCGCAAUUUAUUUCUUAAUUUUCUUUAUUUAUUUGUUUAUGCGUUCUAGCUAAUUCGUUUAUUCCAGCAUCGAUUAGGGAAGCACUAGCAAGAUUAUUCUGUGAGAUCUAAUUUGUUCUUAUACUUUAUUUUUAUGCUUGUAUCUGUGAUUCUCUGUGUUUAUCGUUAUUAAUUGUUUUAAUCCAUUAAGUAGUGCGCAAUAUUUAGUGGGUUAGAAUUAAUUAUACAACCAAUUGAACCGGCCAUCCGUAAUUGUGGUUUAGGUUUGAUUAGUGGUAAAUUGACACAUCAGGGUCAAGGGAAAAGUAGUCUUAAUUCAAUAAUCCUGCGUCAGAGUUUAUUGAUUUUGAAUCGGGUUUCUCUAGUAAUUAAUGCUGUCGGCUCAUUAAACCUAUAGAGCGUCUCUUACGGUUGUCAGUCGAUUAGGGUAGUAAUUAGUGAAGCGUCUUCCUGGUUACCAAAUAAUUAAGGAGAAAUAAGAUCACGUCAGAAGCGUCUUCGGUGGUUAUAACUGGUUUGCUUGCAUAAAUUAAAGUUAUAUUUGCAUCAAUGAUCGGAAUAAUUAAGCUAGGGUGGACUUAAUUGAUUGCUGGAAUUCUUUAUUAAUUGUUAGAAUUUUCUAUUUAUUUAUUUAGGAUUAGAACCUUUGCAAUUAUUUUGGGUUUUAUUUAUUUAUUUCUAUUUUAGUAUUUUCUCAAUAUUUUCCCCAUAAAUCUCGUUUUUGGAGUUUCUUUACAGGUUGGAUUUUAGGAGAAUUCUCGCCGAUCCCUUGGGAGACGAUUUUGCUUGCUGCUGUCUGCGCAGUGUGGGCAUACCGGCUGACUGCCGGAUAUUUUUGGUGUAAAACGAUGCACCAAAUUUUGGCGCCGUUGCCGGGGAUCGGUUUUUAAGUAGUAAUUUUCCUAUUAUUUCGAUUUGUUUUUUUUUAUUUUAUUUUUUUUAUUUUUGUUUGAGUUUGAUCUAUAGCUGAAAUUGAGAUGUCUGAAGAUGGGGAUGAUGACCGUGAUGACAUUCUGCCACCACCACCGUUGAUAAGAGAGUUGGGCCGCCACAAGAGAAAUCAUCCGCUAUGCAUUGUGUUGCCCACGAUUAAUCAAAAUGCUGAAAUCAAGCCUGACUUUAUUCAAGUUCUUCCAAAAUUCAGCAACUCGCUUGGAGAGAGUGCACAUAAACAUCUUGCUGAAUUUGAUUUAGUUUGCACUACUUUACGCCCUCAAGGUUUUCCUGAAGAUCAUUUAAAAUUACUAACUUUUCCUCAUACAUUGCAGAGUAGAGCUCGAGAUUGGUUGUUAGAUCUAUCACCUGGCUCAAUCAGAACUUGGAACGAUUUAGAGGAGCAGUUCUUGCGUAAAUUCUUUCCAGAAUCAAAGGCUGCAAAUCUAAGAAUAGCUAUUAGUAGCAUCAAGCAGAGGCAACACGAGUGUUUGUCUGAUUAUUGGGAGAGAUUUCAACAAUUAUGUCAUAGAUGUCCUAACCACGGAUUUUCUGAUUAUCAGUUGCUCAUUAAUUAUUUUUAUCGUGGUAUGUCUUCUUUUGACAGGAGGAUUGUUGAUGCUGCUUGUGGAGGAAGUUUGACCAACAAGACCUUAGAUGAAGCAAAACAAUUGAUUUUUGAUAUGGUCACCAAUGGUCAACAAUAUGAGGAUGAGGAUGAUGAUAGGUACAGGCCGAUCAACAGAGCAGAAGAUGUAUGUGUGAAUGAGAAACUCGAUGCUCUAACUUCCUUAGUUAGAGGCAUGGUUGGAGCUCAAAUUCAGAAGGAUAAUCAUCCAAAUUUCAGCUGGAAUCAUUCGCCUGAAUUUUUCACCAGCGCACAGCCGCAGGCUGGGUGGUAUGCCCAUACCGACCGCCCAGAGCCCAGUAUGAGCGAUAUUCUUCAGAGUCUGGCACAGAGCAGCCAGAUUGUUAACAAUUUGGUGCAAAGUCAGCAAGCUUUCCAGCAAGAGACGCAAGCUGCGUUGGGUAGUAUGGGCACACAGAUCACUCUGCUCACCACUCAAGUGAACAAGUUGCAAGUAAAUCUUGGAAAACUUCCAUCUCAAGAAGAAGUACAUUCCAAGGAGCAUGUUUAUGCUAUGAAUUUAAUGAGUGAGGAAGAUUUCUUUGAUCCAAGGCCCAUGGAAGAUGAAAAGGAGAAGGAAGAGCAAGAAAGUGCUCAGAAUGAUGAAGUUGUCGAAGAGGCACAACAAUAUGAAAAUCUCUCUUCUUCCGAGGUUGGCUCAACAUAAGAAUGGAAAUGAGGAAAAUGAGAUUCUGGAAAUAUUCACGAUGAAUAAAGAACCACCAGAAUAUUAUGAUGAAAUUCAAGGGUGUAAAGUGCAGCUGAACCCCACCAAUGACG